ACCGCCAGUUGUUCAGCGAGUGCUUGGAGUAUGAUAGGGUAUUGGAAAACUGGAUGGAGAACAACUUGAUGCUGUUAUCCAAAUACUACAGAAGUGUGAGAAUAUCAAAGAUCUACGACAUUUUCCGCCUCCCACCACAUCUACAGGUAGAAGAGAUCUUGGUGAGCAUGAUUGUGGGGAACAAGUUGCCUUAUGGAACCAGAAUAGAUCAAUUGAAAGGAGUGUUGGUCUUUGGCAAGGAAGAAAAGAUAGCUGACGAGGGCAUCAAUCGCGACAUCAAGAUGGUAGCCAAGUUGUUGAACGAGGUUUGCUCCCACAUAGAAUCCAGAACUGUGUAGUUAUUCCAUGCUUAUUUACAAGCUGAAUCACUGAGGUACACGAAGUUUGGGUCAUAUGGACCCAGGACACAACUCAAGCCUA